AUGGCUGACGCAGACGCCGCUGCCACAACGGCGCAGACCAACGGCAAUACCACGACCCAACCUCAAACGCAGUCGCAGCCUUUAGCACCAUCUAAAUCCACCUCCCUGCUCGAUGCGUCCAACUUCCCCCAACACCUCUCUAGCGAACACGUUUACAUCGAACUGCGCUACGACCCGCUCUCCACGCCCGCCGCCCUCCACUUCACGCGCUCCCCCUCCUGCGGCGCCAACGUGCUCUUCCUCGGCACGACGCGCAACAACUUCGACUCGCGGCCCGUCUCCCGCCUCUCGUACAGCGCGUACCCCGCACUCGCGCUCAAAUCGCUGUUCGCCAUCGCCGAGGACGUGCGCCAGAAACACGGGCUGGAGAAAGUGUACAUUGCGCACCGACUGGGCGAGGUCGCGAUCGAGGAGGAGAGCAUCGCGGUCAGCGUGAGUAGUGGGCAUCGGGGCGCGGGAUGGAAGGGCGCGGAAGAGGUGCUGGAGCGGGUGAAGCAGAGGGCGGAGAUUUGGAAGAGGGAGUGGUUCGCGGAUACGGGGGAGGGGGAUUGGCGGGCGAAUAGGGAUAGGGAUAAUGCGGGGAGGUUGGUCAAAGAGGAGAAGGGGAAGAAGGCGGAGGGGCCUACAGACGUGAGCAGGGAGUUGCAAGUGGAUGCAACGACGUCUUCGAGCGCUGUACAACAGCCAGAAUCCGAUGCUGGCCAACAGGGACCCACGAGCGGUGAGCAGGGUUCGGCUGGCAAGGCAGACAGCGCUGGCUCCUCGAACCGGCAUCAAACGAGUAAGGAGCUGGAUAGCGAUGUGGCCGAUUACAUUGCUGCGCUGACCCAGAAGCUCAAGAUGUGA